GCUGGGUCGUUGAGCGGCCUCCCCAGGCAUUCUCCCCAAAUGGGUUCCGGGGCCUAGCGUCCACGUCCCUGGCCCCGCCACCCGUGACCGCGCGCCGAGGCCCGCGAGGAGUCGCUGCCGAGCCGGCCCUGGCUGGUUGGAACCGCCCGGAAGCACCGGCGGCAGGCGGGGUGAGGCGGCGCCGCCCCUGAGUACCCGUUCCCGGGGCGCCGUGAUCAGGUCCGCAACCCGCGCAGGUCUCCACCAGCCGGGAGGCGAAGCAUGGCUGCCAUCCCCUCCAGCGGCUCGCUCGUGGCCACCCACGACUACUAUCGGCGCCGCCUGGGCUCCGCGUCCAGCAGCAGCUCCUGCGGAAGUGCUGAGUACCCUGGGGAAGUCACGCCCCAUCACCCGGGUCUCCCCAAGGCCGACCCUGGUCAUUGGUGGGCCAGCUUCUUCUUCGGGAAGUCCACUCUCCCGUUCAUGGCCACACUGUUGGAGUCCCCUGAGCAGUCCACGGAAUCCUCCCAGGCCUCCAGCAGCAUGGUCACCAGUGGUCUGGCUCCAGAGGCCAUGAGGAAGCAGCCAGUAAGCCAGCCUAGCCAGGCCAAUGCCAGGCCCCCAUCCUGACCUGGUGGAACCACCAGCCUGGGCUUCCCAGGUGCUAGGCCAGAGCCCUGCCCACCC